CAGCGGCUCCAAGGGGGAGGGGGGCGGGGGAAGAUGGCGGCGUCCUCGUUGGAGCAGAAACUAUCCCGCUUGGAGGCCAAGCUGAAACAGGAGAACAGGGAGGCCCGCAGGCGCAUCGACCUCAACUUGGAGAUCAGUCCAGCCCGGCCGCGGCCUAUUAUUGUGAUCACUCUAAGCCCUGCUCCCGCUCCAUCCCAACGUGCAGCACUGCAGCUUCCCUUAGCCAACGAUGGCAGCAGCCGCUCCUCCUCGGAGAGCUCACCUCAGCACCCCAAUCCGCCGCGCCCCCGUAACAUGCUGGGUCUGCCUCAGCCACCCUUCAUCAUGCACAGAAGCAUGGAGAGUAUAGAGAUCGAUCAGAAACUGCAAGAAAUUAUGAAGCAGACAGGUUAUUUGACCAUUGGAGGACAGAGAUACCAAGCAGAAAUCAAUGACCUAGAAAACCUGGGUGAGAUUGGCAGUGGGACAUGUGGACAGGUGUGGAAAAUGCGUUUCAAGAAGACUGGGCACAUCAUAGCGGUAAAGCAAAUGCGUCGUUCUGGUAAUAAAGAGGAGAACAAGAGAAUCCUGAUGGACUUGGAUGUAGUGCUGAAGAGUCACGACUGUCCCUACAUAGUUCAGUGCUUUGGGACUUUCAUCACAAACACGGAUGUUUUUAUAGCCAUGGAGCUAAUGGGUACGUGUGCUGAGAAGCUGAAAAAACGCAUUCAAGGACCUAUCCCUGAGAGGAUCUUGGGAAAGAUGACUGUGGCGAUUGUCAAGGCACUCUACUACCUGAAAGAAAAACACGGUGUCAUCCACAGAGAUGUGAAACCUUCCAAUAUCUUGUUAGAUGAGAGGGGCCAAAUCAAACUCUGUGACUUCGGUAUCAGUGGGAGACUGGUGGACUCGAAAGCCAAAACCCGGAGUGCUGGUUGUGCGGCAUAUAUGGCGCCUGAGAGAAUAGAUCCCCCUGAUCCCUCAAAACCAGAUUAUGAUAUUCGUGCAGAUGUGUGGAGCCUUGGCAUUUCUCUGGUCGAGCUUGCUACGGGUCAGUUUCCCUACAAGAACUGUAAAACGGACUUUGAGGUUCUCACCAAGGUAUUGCAAGAAGAUCCUCCGCUUCUCCCAAACAACAUGGGAUUUUCCAUAGACUUUCAGUCCUUCGUCAAAGACUGCCUUACUAAAGAUCACAGGAAGAGACCAAAGUACAACAAGCUACUUGAACACAACUUCAUCAAGCGUUAUGAGACCCUGGAAGUCGACGUGGCAUCCUGGUUCCAAGACGUCAUGGCCAAGACAGAGUCGCCCCGCACGAGCAGCAUCCUCAGCCAGCACCACCUGCCGUUCUUCACCAGGUAG